AUGGAUGCCUUCUUCUCAAUACCGAUAAUGUCUAUCUUCCUCAUUCCAGUCCUGUCGUCCUAUAGCACCAGCCUGAACCUCCUCUUCUUCUACAUGACUUGGUCAACGCUUGUACUGUCGCAUUCCCGACUCCGCGUGGAAAUGUUCGGAACGAUCACUGUGCGCCUGAUCUUCUACGCACUGCCGUCCAUUGUCUUCUUCCUCUUCGAUAUCCUGACCCCAUCGGCCGCUGUUCUCAUCAAGGCGCAUGGCGCAACCGGCUUGCCGGGUGGGAGGAGGCGACGAAAGAUCCAUAUGAAGGAACUCAAGAUUGCUGGGUGGGGGUUGUUCAAUCUAUUGUUGGGGAUCGCUGUGCAGGGUGUACUCGAGAUGGUACUUGUCCGGACGCUCGGCAAGCGCAGUGCGCUUAAGGUAUCGCUGAAGCUCCCGACGCCAUUUGAGAUAUGUAAGGAUUUGAGCAUGGCGAUGUUGGGACGAGAACUCCUGUCAUAUCUCCUGCACCGCUACGCUCUCCACUCCACACUAUCUCCUGUACUUUCCAGAUGGCACCAGACUUGGUAUCAUUCGUUGUCUGCUCCGUUCCCAUUGACCGCGCAUUACGACCACCCGAUCCCCUACCUGGUUACCAAGUUCAUUCCGACUUAUGCGCCGGCCAUCAUCUUCCGCUUCCAUAUGCUUACGUAUAUUUUGUAUCUACUGUUUGUCUCUGUUGAGGAAACCUUUGCAUACUCUGGAUAUAAUGUCAUGCCGACAACCCUAUUCUUGGGUGGGAUGGCCCGUCGCACAGAUAUGCAUUUGUUGAUGGGUGGAAGUGGAAAUUAUGGCCCAUGGGGUGUUUUGGAUUGGAUUCUUGGCACUACUGUUGGAGAACCGCUUAGCGACGAUGAGACGAGUGAUGAGGCGGAUGAACGGGAGGUGCGGAGAGCGUAUGAGGUUGCGAAGCGAAAGGCUGUUGGAUCUGGAAAGACAAAAGCGACGAUGAGACGAUGA